AUGUUCCGCAACACCUACGACUCGGACAACACCGUCUUUUCGCCGCAAGGCCGGUUACAUCAAGUCGAGUACUCGCUCGAGGCCGUGAAGCAGGGUUCAGCAGCCGUUGGGCUGCGAUCCAAGACACAUGCCAUUAUCCUGGGUCUGAAGCGUUCGACUGGUGAACUCGCGUCGUACCAGCAGAAGAUGUACCGCAUCGACGACCAUGUUGGUAUCGCGAUCGCCGGUUUGACAUCCGAUGCACGCGUCUUGAGCAACUUCAUGCGGCAGCAGGCCAUGGCGUCAAAGAUGGUAUUUAACCGGCCCGUACCCGUAAACCGACUUGUAUCUGCCAUCGCCGAUAAGGCGCAGGUGAACACACAAGAAUAUGGCCGCAGGCCAUACGGUGUCGGUUUCCUUGUUAUUGGACAUGAUCACACCGGCCCACAUCUCUACGAAUUCUCUCCGUCCGGCACCUCGUUCGAGUACUACGCCAUGUCCAUCGGCGCACGCAGUCAAAGUGCAAAGACAUAUCUGGAGAAGCAUUAUGAGAAGUUUGUGGACUGCGAACUGGACGAUCUCAUCCGCCAUGGCUUGCACGCACUGCGAGAGACCUUGCAGCAGGACAAGGAGCUCACUAUCAAGAACACUUCCAUUGGGAUCCUUGGCCCCGCCGGCCCUCACGAGGAGAGUGGCGAAUCCGCGGCUGGCGACUUCCGAAUCCUGGAGGGCGAGCCCAUUCAAGUUUACCUGGAUACUAUGCUCUCGAAGGAGGAGGCGAUGGGCAUUGCGCCCGCAGAACCCGCACCUGCUGCCGCGGAGGCACCAACUGGUGGUGAGGACGUACAGAUGCAGGAGUAG